UUGGCGCAUGUGUGAGUGUCGUGAGGAGCAUUCUCUCUGCAGGGAUGGAGAAAGACAGCCACAACAGCGAAAUGCAAACGCUAGAGUUGCAGGAAAACAACUCUAAGGUGAAGGGUGCUCUGGCAUUUGAGGAAGUUCUGGACUCAAUUGGUUCCAGAGGGAAAUUCCAGAUGAGACUGAACGUUGUCUUCGUUUUUUUUGCAUCAUGUUUCAACCUGAUGAGCGUCUAUAUGUUCUACAUUGCUAUGCAGACUCCUGAUCACUGGUGCCAUGUACCUGGUCGAGAACACACCAACCUGUCACUCGAGGAGUGGAAGAACUUCACUAUUCCCAGGGAAGGAGCCGCAUUCAGCAAGUGCUUGAUGUAUAACCAGAGUGAUGUGAGGGACUUCAGCAACAGGAGGGAACCUGUGAAGUGCCAGCAUAGCUGGGAGUACGACAACACCUGGUUCUCACUGACAGCGACAUCACAGAUGAAUUGGGUCUGUGACAACCAGCAGACUGUUAAUACCAUCUUGUUCUACUCACAGAAUAUUGGAGUGGCAUUAGGCUUACUCUUUGGCUAUGUGGUUCAGAUGACUCUUGCUGCUGACAGGUACGGCCGACGCCCCCAGCAGCUGCUGUGCCUGUCAGCCCACGUGGUCAGCAGGCUGCUGGUCAUGCUCGCUCCGCACGUGCUGCCGCUCUUCAUCCUGGCAGAGUCACUCGUCUCUGGUGCGGCCGGGCCAAUGGAGGAGUCUUUAUUGGCUGUCGGCCUGGAACUUACAGACAUCAAGCACCGCUCUGUUAUCAACCGCUACGCAUCCUGUAGCAUGGCCCUUGGAAUGAUGCUUGCUGGUCUGGUGUCUUGGGCACUGCCCAACUGGAACUAUUUCAUGUCAUUUGCAGCCAUCAGUUGUUUUACCCUGUUCUUCUUCUUCAGAUGGUUUCCGCAGUCUCCGCGCUGGCUGGCAUGCAGGGGUCGCGAGCAGGAGGCACUGGCAGUGCUGCGUGACAUCGCGACCACCAACGGCUCCACUGUGCCUGCAUUUGCCUUGCAGGUUAUCCAGACUGUGGGCAACAGCAAGGCAGACAGGACAGGCUUCCUGAGUAUAUUCUCCAGCUGGAAUGUCUUUAAGAACACCGUGAUCCUCAUCAUCGCCAGGUCGGUGCACCUGCUGACCACAUACUCACCGGUGAUAGCAGUGAGCCAGCUGAGUGUGAACCCUUUCCUGGGAAUAGUGGUGCAGGGUGCAGCCCAGUUCCCCGCCUACUACAUAGUGAACUCCUGUGCAGCAAGGUUUGGCCGCCGUUGGUGUGGUGUGGCCAGUGCACUGUUGGCUGCAGCGACCAGUGCCAUCAUAUUCUGUCUGCUAACCGCGAACAUCACGGGCACAGCCAUCAUGGUGGUGACCAUGUUGAUGCAGUUUAGCACCACAGGCACCAUCAGCAUGGCGAACCUGCAGAGUGCCGAGCUGCAUCCAACGUGUCUGCGUCAGAUCGCAGUCAGUCUCGAAUGGGGCAUCGGUGGUAUCGCCAUGUCUGCUCUACCCUACCUUGCCAUGAUGGCUGUUCCGACCGAGCUCCAGGGCGCCGGAGCGCUCCAGAGCGCUCACUGUGGCAGCUCGGAGCCCGCGUGGAGGGGGAAAGCGAAUUCACUGCCCCCUGGCCGCAUGCGGCCGCAACUGACGCAAUAA